AUGUGUGAGGGCGAUUCCAGGCUUCGACGGCACUACGAAGCUCAGCCCGUUUUCAAAGGGACAUCAAGCACCAUACAGAAUGAACUCUUGGACUGCAUGUAUGAUGUGUACAGGGAGGAAAUAUCCAAGCAAUUACAGAGCGUUUUUUUGGAGUUUGUGGAAGUAAAGGACAAAACUGGUGUAGGUCUCUCUAACAGCAUCAAGGCUGUUCUUGAACCCCUGAAGCUGAAAGAAAAGCUAAUCGCUCAGACCUAUGACGGGGCGGCCGUCAUGAGCGGUAAUGUGCGCGGGGUACAGACGGUCAUGAAGGAGACGUACCCAAACGCUCAGUUUGUUCACUGCUACGCCCACCAACUGAACCUGACCCUGCAGCAACUGUGUUCAGCAAGGAUGAGCAUCCUGAAGGUGUUUUUUGCAGAUCUAACUGCUUUUUCCACUUUUUUCUCCGGUGCUCCAAAACGUGUUGCAGCUCUUGCAGAGGCAACACAGAGACGCAUACCACGGCCACCGGCUGUGAGAUGGAACUUUAAAAGCAGAACUGUGAACGCGGUUUGGGAGACCCGAGAAGCACUUCUUCAGUGUAUGGACCAUAUACGCACACAACCAGGAUGGGAUGCGGUCACCAUAAGUGAGGCAUACGGCCUGUCAAAGAAACUGCGGGACCGAGCAUUUAUGCAGCUCCUGGAGUUUUUUUCGUUGCUUAUGCCAGAAGUGGAUGUUUUAUACAACACUCUGCAAAAACGAACCAUCGAUGCACCUGGGAUCAACAGCGCGCUCUGCCGCUUCAAGGAAAAUGUCCAGAAAAUGAGGCAGCAAACUGAUGCAUUGGCCGCCACCACUCAUGAUGGAACAGACGAGCCAGGCCGACGAGUCAGCAGCACAGCGCCGGUAAUGAAGGAGGCAUGUGACACAGUCAUCUCACAGGUGGAACAGAGGUUCUCACAGAGUGACCAUUUGAUCGCUGCAAAGCUCGUUGACAGCUCAUUCUUCCCACAGCAUGUCCUGUCAUUUCCUACACCUGAGCUUGACUGCGCAGUGAAAUUGUGGCCUGCUUUGGGAAACAAGGAGAAGUUGAAGUCUGAGCUGACCACGCUCUACUGCCACAGUGAACUUCACACUGGAAACACUGCCCUGUCUCUGUUGAAAUCCAUUCACGAGAACAACUUGGAGGAUACGUUUGCUGAGACUGUUAUUUUGGUCAAAAUAAUAGUAACAACUCCGAUGACGACAUCCGAGUCAGAGAGGAACUUUUCCACCCUCAAAAGGAUAAAGACUUUCACUCGCAACACCAUGGGACAGCUGCGACUUAACGCAUUGGCCAUGCUUUCAAUUGAAAGCCAGUUGAUCCAGCAACUACAGGACUUCAUCCCCAAAGUGAUAGAAACAUUCUGUCAGAGGAAGGACCCGCCGUGCCGCUUUUCUUUCAAGUGA